GAGUCUGCGGGAGAUUUAUCAUGGGAUACAAGACUCUGUGCCUUGGAUUCUUCUGUAUUUUAUUUGCUUAUUGUAUUUAUUCACCUGUACCAGAAAAUAUUGAAGAACCAUGGAAAGUGAGAACCAUCAGUGCUAUUAUAAAAAUUACUUCAUUUCUGGGCACAUUAUGUGAAAAUAUGGGUCUUAUGAAACAUGAAGAUGUAAUAACAACUUUAUCGUUAGUUCACUUUACAAAACCAGUUUCAGAUGAAAACGUUACAGUGAUUGACACAGACUUCAGUAACAUCCCUGUUCGUUUUUACUUGCCAAAGAGGAAGUCUGAAAGACAGAGACCAGCUGUGAUUUUCAUUCAUGGUGGUGCCUUUGUCUUGGGAAGUUACAAGAUGUCAGCCUAUGAUGAUCUGAACAGACUGACAGCAAACAAGCUUGAAGCUGUUGUUGUGGCAAUAGACUACAGACUUGCUCCCAAGUAUCCUUUCCCAGCUGCCCUUGAAGACUGUGUUUAUGUGACCAAGUUCUUUCUCCAGGAGAAAGUUCUUGCAAAAUACAGAGUGGAUCCCUCACGCAUCUGCAUUAUGGGAGACAGCUCUGGGGGUACCUUGGCAGCCACAGUGACUCAACUGCUACAGAAUGAUCCAAAUUUCAAAGGUAGAAUUAAAGCACAAGCCUUGAUGUAUCCAGGCCUACAGUCACUUGAUACUUUUCUACCAUCCCAUCAAGAGUAUCAACAUGGUCCAGUUCUGACCAGGGAGAUGAUAAUUAAGUUGCUUUGCCUAUAUGUGACUGAAGACCAAGUUCUACCUCAGGCUGCACUGAGGAACGAGCACAUGCCUGAAGAAUCGAGACACCUAUUCAAGUUUGUUAACUGGAGUGAAUUCCUUCCUGAGAAGUAUAAAAAGAACCAUGUUUACACUGAACCAGUUCUUGGAAAAUUGAAUGCUUCCUAUCCAGUACUUGUGGACAGCAGGUUGUCGCCUUUGCUAGUCAAUGACUCACAGUUACAGAGUUUGCCAUUGACAUACAUUGUCACCUGUGAACAUGAUAUCUUUAGAGAUGACGGUCUCAUUUACAUCUCACGGCUUAGAAAUGUUGGGGUUCAAGUUACUCAUGAGCAUGUAGAGAAAGGAGUACAUGGAGCCCUAUCAUUCACCAGCGCUCCAGUGUUUUUAAAUUUAGGAUUAAAAUUAAGAGAUAAGUAUAUUAAUUGGUUAGAAGAAAAUCUAUAAGUGAAGCAUGUAGCUGGGUAAUCAAUAAAGAAAUCUGACUGAUAAACUUUGAACUGUUGUAUGAUGAAUGGGCACAAUAUUAAUUGGCUAGUGGAUAAAGCUACAUUUCAAUUUGAGUAAAAGUUACUGUAUAUGUUUGUGAAAGUUACUUCAUUAUUCCAUCUUAGAAAUAUUGCUAAAAUGAGGCAACAUUUCAUUAUCUGCUUUAAUUACAAUUUGUUGUAAAGAAUGUACUUUGAGUAUUCAAAAAUGGCAGAAUGGCAGGAGAAUGUGUGUUCGGAUGCCAACAGUUUUGAGAUUCAUGGCAGUGAUAAACCAAAUUUGGGAUAUAUUUCAUGAAAAAUAAUUUCCAAUAAAAAUGGAAUGGAGUCAUGAGGAGUGAAUGGGUUGUCACAUUACUGUGCAGGGGACCAGUGGCAGAGAGUCAGUCAGGAAGACAGAUCUCUGUGAGUUCAAGACCAGGUUGAUGUAUGUAUCUAGUUCUAGGACAGCUACUGCUGUUGAAUGGCACAUUAUUUUAAAAAGAAGAAUAAAAAAGAAGAGUAAAGAACAGAAACCAUGAAUGAGGAGAAAGUGUGAUAGCUAGAAGUUUAAUGACGUUUCUAUGGACUAAGCAUUGGACUGCACUUCUGCUAUAGUUUUUCCAAUCAUGUGCUCGCUCUACAUUACUAUAAUCUGUUCAAGGUGAAUUAAUUAGUUCUUCUUUUUACUCAUUCCCAAUAAAAUUUAUAUUCUGCUUUUCAUAAUAACAGUUUGCAUAUUUGAGGGAGUUUUCUUGAUCAUGUACUUUUCCUAAAGUUUGAACAUUUGUGCCUUAUUUACACUUUUGUAAGAUCAGACUUGAUGGAAACGUUUUUGGAUUGUAUUUAUUGUGGGACAACAUCUCUUAAUGCAUGAUGGUACCCAUCCAACUAUAAAGUAUAGGCAGAAUUCUUUAUAGUAUCCUUUUGAAUUUUUGUAAAGAAGCAUUGUGCACACAGAGACUGUAUAUUCAGAGUUUAUGAGAGUUGGUUAUUUCCAGACAUGUUUCCCUGUGAUGAUAGAACACAUACUCCUGUAAGCACAAAUCGACUCAUAAAUAGCUGUAAUUUUCACUCAGAAGCAUUAAAAGUAAUAAUUAGUUUCCUGAUGUCCUGGGGAUUAUGCUGCUUCUGUCUGGUUGUUUGACAUGUUCCGUGUUUUUUCUUAAUGCUGAAUAAACUAUUGAAAGGG